AUGUCGGCUAGAUACGAUAGAGCGAUCACAGUAUUUUCUCCAGAUGGUCAUUUACUUCAAGUGGAAUAUGCUCAAGAAGCUGUUCGCAAAGGUUCCACAGCAGUUGGUGUUAGGGGUGCAGAUGUGGUCGUUUUAGGAGUUGAAAAGAAGUCUGUUGCCAAGUUGCAAGAAGAGAGAACUGUCAGAAAAAUAUGUCUCCUUGAUGAUCACGUCGUGAUGGCAUUCGCCGGGUUGACAGCGGACGCUAGAAUCCUUAUCAACAGGGCUCAAAUCGAAUGCCAGUCACAUAAGCUAACCGUUGAAGACCCCGUAACUUUGGAGUACAUAACAAGAUACAUUGCUGGUCUUAAACAGAAGUACACACAGAGCAAUGGACGUAGGCCGUUUGGUAUAUCAUGUUUGAUCGGAGGUUUUGACUAUGACGGUUUUCCUCAUUUAUUCCAAACUGAACCUUCAGGUAUCUACUAUGAAUGGAAAGCAAAUGCAACUGGUAGGUCUGCAAAGACUGUUCGAGAAUUCUUAGAAAAGAAUUACACAUCUGAGGAAGUUGCAUCAGAGAAUGGUGCUGUUAAGCUUGCGAUUCGUGCACUUCUUGAAGUUGUGCAGUCUGGCCAGAAAAAUCUGGAAAUAGCAGUCAUGAGACGAGGUCAGCCAAUGCAAAUGCUCGAUUCUGAUACUAUCAACUCCUAUGUGUCUAUUAUAGAGAAAGAAAAGGAAGAAGAGGCAGAGAAGAAAAAACAGAAGAAGUAA